AAGGCUGCCAUUACUCACCUGCAGCAGAAAAUCCUGAAGCUCACAGAACAGAUCAAGAUUGCACAAACAGCCCGGGACGACAACGUUGCUGAGUACUUGAAGCUUGCCAACAGUGCAGAUAAGCAGCAGGCAGCCCGCAUCAAGCAGGUAUUUGAGAAGAAGAACCAGAAAUCUGCCCAGACCAUCCUCCAGCUACAAAAGAAGCUUGAGCACUACCACAGGAAGCUCCGAGAGGUGGAGCAGAAUGGGAUCCCCCGGCAGCCAAAAGAUGUCUUCAGGGACAUGCACCAGGGUCUGAAGGAUGUGGGAGCAAAGGUGACUGGCUUCAGUGAAGGUGUGGUGGAUAGUGUCAAAGGUGGACUUUCCAGCUUCUCCCAAGCCACCCACUCAGCAGCAGGGGCUGUGGUCUCAAAGCCCAGAGAGAUUGCCUCACUGAUUCGGAACAAAUUUGGCAGUGCAGACAAUAUCCCUAACCUGAAGGACUCUUUAGAGGAAGGCCAAGUGGAUGAUGGGGGGAAGGCUUUGGGGGUGAUUUACAACUUUCAGUCAAGCCCAAAGUAUGGUAGUGAGGAAGAUUGUUCUAGUGCCACUUCAGGCUCAGUGGGAGCCAACAGCACCACUGGGGGUAUCGCUGUAGGAGCAUCCAGCUCCAAAACAAACACCCUGGACAUGCAGAGCUCAGGAUUUGAUGCAUUACUACAUGAGAUCCAGGAGAUUCGGGAAACCCAGGCAAGACUAGAGGAAUCCUUUGAGACCCUCAAGGAACAUUAUCAAAGGGACUAUUCCUUAAUAAUGCAGACCUUACAGGAGGAGCGAUAU